UUUUGUAGGGUCGAAAAUCUGUCUCAAUUUUGCGCUAAUUUUGCCUCCGCCGUUAAGUUCCAUCCGACUAUGCGUGUCAUCAAUGAGUGCGUUGUCCUGCAAAUUUGUAUCCAAGAAUCCGGGUUGAGUAGGGGUCGAGGAGAGCAUAAAUACUGGUCGCCUUCGUUCGACUUAUUCCUCCAUCGAGCCCGGUCUUCGACAUACCCCUCAUUCCCUUCCAACUUGUCAACCUUUCUACCCUGAGCUGGCCUCAGUUCACGUAACCACAACAUCAAAAAAAUGCGAGCUAGCACUGUCCUAUUCCCUUCCAUCUCCCUCGCUGUCUUCCUCGCUAUCACUAGUCUCAUCCUUCCCGCAGCAGCCAUUCUCAUUCCAUUCAAAAAGAGUCCUAAAUUACCCGACAUACCAUCGUUGUCAUCAGGAAUAUUCCAGAUCUUGGCUUACAAGGAUGAACAGUGUAGUACUCGUAAAUCCCCACUCAUAACUGUGCAACACCAUUUCUCUGAAGCACAGGUGUACGAGGUGGAAUACCCUACUCCAAAGGCAAAAUGUGCUUUGGUCCAGGCGUUACCUGCGAAUUGUGUUCUGAUCCUGUACGGGAAGGAAGACAAUAAUGAGAGGUUUAUUCCUGACAGAAUUUUCCCUGGGCCCAUUGGACCAGGAAAAAUAUUGAAUGAGCACCCUUUUGAUUCUAUGGGUAUAUCUUGCAAAACAUCCUAAGCAAGAAUUGUUUGUUUGCCCUCGGAACACCCCCUGCGGCAUUUGUGCAGAACUUGGAAUGCGGGAAUGCGUUGGGAAGUCAGAGGAUGAUUAUAGGGGAGGUCAAAUGUUAGUUUCAUUUCGA